AUGAUUGACAAGUUUAAAGAAGAAAUGGAAAAUGUCUUUGAAAUGACAGGCCUUGGAAAGAUGACAUUUUUUCUUGGUAUGCAAGUGCAUCAAAAGAAUAAUGAAAUAUUUGUGUGCCAAGAGAAGUAUGCAAAGGAAGUACUUAUGAAGUUCAACAUGGAAGAAUGUAAGUCAGCUGCAACUCCAAUGAACCAAAAAGAAAAGUUUUGUAGAGAAGAUGGAGCUGAAAAGGUUGAUGAAAAGCUAUUUAGAUCCUUAAUAGGAUGCUUAAUGUAUUUAACUACCACCCGACCAUAUAUCAUGCAUGCAGUGAGUUUGUUAUCAAGGUAUUUGCAUUGUGUUAGUGAAAUUCAUUUUCAAGAAGCAAAAAGAAUUCUUAGAUAUGUUAAAGGCAUAAUUGAUUAUGGGAUAUGGUUCAACAAAGUUGAAAGAUUAAGUUUUCAUGGUUAUUCAUAUAGUGAUUGGGCAGGAUAUGUUGAUGAUAUGAGAAACACUUCUGGUUAG